AUGACACUACUAUUUCCAACACAGCAAGUCCCAUAUUUUCAAGAUUCAACAAAAAUUUCUCGUAAUCUUAAUUAUCCAUUAUGGCAUCUAGAAGAUGUUCUAUUACCAUUAUUUGGAAAAAGUUAUACAAAUGAUAGUUUACGUGAAACAAUUCUUAGUGCAAAUCAUAUUUGGUGCGUACACAAAAAUGGUAAAUGUGUUGGAUGUGCAUUGAUGACUGAUGUUGGAUCCAAUCGUGGACUUUAUAUGAUGCUAUUUGGAAUAAAAAAAUCAGAACAAGGUCGUGGACUUGGUAAACGUUUAUUAGAAAAUAUUAUAAGAUGGUCUCGUACACAUGGAUAUAGAUUUAUAUAUUUACAUACAGAACAUAAUAAUCAAAAGGCAAUACAAAUGUAUAAAAAAGCAGGUUUUAUACAACAAGCUUUUCAACCUAAUUCUUUUGAACAAUUACCACAGCUUGGAUCUGGUGUUGUUCCAUUGGUAUUGUUCUUACUUUGA